AUGGUUGGCUACUCGCCUGGACGUGUCAUGAUCAACACUGAGAGCACCGACUUCUCCAAGACGUCGCUCGACACGACCCGGGCCCUGACCAAGGUGAUGAUUCUGCACCCCAUCUCCACGGCUCUGGCCUUCAUUGCCUUCAUCCUUGCUAUCGGUGCAGGCAUGUUCGGCUCUUUCCUCGCCGCAGCUGUGUCACUCCUGGCGUUCCUUGUCACGCUUGUUGCACUCAUCUGUGACUUCGUGCUGUUCGCCAUCAUCAAGAACAAUGUCAACGACGACGACUCGAGCUCUGAUGCGUACUACUCCAUCGCCAUGUGGACGCUACUUGCAUCUGCCGUCGCCUCUCUCCUGGGAACCAUCGUCAUCUUCUUCACAUGUUGCAGCGCCAGACUGCACCGCCGCCGAACCACCAAGGUCGAGAAUGACUACGGCACACCCGCUCGCCCGGCUCGCCGCAGGCGCUGGUUCUAA